CCUCCUCCUCCGCCGCCGCCGCCUCCUCCGCCGCGCCCAUGGCCAUCUUCAGCGUGUACGUGGUGAACAAGGCGGGCGGCCUCAUCUACCAGCUGGACCACUACGCGCCGCGCGCCGAGUCCGAGAAGACCUUCAGCUUCCCGCUGGACCUGGUGCUGCGGCCGCACGACGAGCACGUCCUGGUGGCCUUCGGGCAGCGCGACGGCAUCCGCGUGGGCCACGCGGUGCUGGCCAUCAACGGCAUCGACGUGAACGGCAGGUACACCGGCGACGGGAGAGAUGUGCUGGAAUACCUGAGCAACUCCGCCAACUACCCGGUGUCGAUCCGCUUCGGCCGCCCUCGGCUUUCCUCCAACGAGAAGCUCAUGCUGGCCUCCAUGUUCCACUCGUUGUUCGCCAUCGGGUCCCAACUGUCUCCUGAGCAGGGGAGCUCCGGAAUUGAGAUGCUGGAAACGGACACUUUCAAGCUGCACUGCUUUCAGACCCUGACAGGGAUCAAAUUUGUGGUGCUUGCUGACCCCCGGCAGUCUGGGAUAGAUUCCCUUUUGCGCAAGAUCUAUGAAAUCUAUUCAGACUUUGCUCUGAAAAAUCCGUUUUACUCCUUGGAGAUGCCGAUCAGAUGUGAGCUCUUUGAUCAGAACUUAAAGCUUGCGCUGGAGGUAGCAGAGAAAGCAGGACCCUUUGGGCCAGGAUUAUAGGAUGGAUUUCUCCUAUUUCAAUCACCUAAUGAACUUUUCCAAGAACAGCCGAGUCUUGGGCCAGACAGUUUCCCAGCAGCCUGUGCAAAGUGGCCUUGGCUGCGAUUCCAAAGUGUAGAACAAACAUCUCUGUUGCUGAGUGGGUGCAAUGCAAGGAGGCCGAGCUGCUGGGUUCUGGGGAGAGAAGCUGGCUGCCAGCCUCGAAGGAAACAAGAUGGCCACAUUGUUCCUUUAUGGGUGAUGAAUGUCUGUUGCAUUUUGUAUUUCUAACUUAAGACUGGAACAUUGUGUGUUGCAUGUGUAAAUAAAGCAUUCCCUGACGACA